GCUCCGGUUAUGGAUCCCUUUUUUUUCUUCUCUGUAGAUGCGCUUUUAGACGUUCUGGUCGAAAGUUUCUGAAUACUGAAUGGGAUGAAACGUGGAGACACGUUGAAUCUGCACUCGUCUUGUUCCUUCGAUGACGUUUCAUAAAUCUUAUUAAACAGAAUCUGUCUCCUGAUGAAUUCGAUGCAUCUGAAAUUGUGAUUUCUGGGUCUAUUCGUCGAAAUCACUGUGUUAUGUAGUGUAGGGUUUGCGACAUUGGGUGCUUACGGACAGAACCAGGGUGUUAUUGCCAACACGGCGUUUUCCUCUGUUGGCUUUAGACCAAGAUCUGCUGCAAUGGGGUCUGCAAAUGGAUCGCCUCUUUUCUCAUUCGGCGUUAUAGCCGAUGUCCAAUACGCAGACAUACCCGAUGGCCACUCGUUCUUGGGUGUUCCGAGAUAUUACAGACACAGCAUGCUUGUUCUGCAAAGGGCGGUCCGGAAGUGGAACCAGCAUGGAAAUCUCAAAUUUGUUAUCAAUUUUGGGGAUAUAGUCGACGGGUUUUGUCCCAAGGACCAAUCCCUAGCCGCCGUGAAGAAGGUUGUUGAUGAGUUCGGGAAAUUCAGUGGUCCUGUGUAUCAUAUGAUUGGUAAUCACUGUCUCUACAAUCUUCCCCGAGAACAGUUGCUUCCCUUGCUGAAGAUCCCGGGUUGCAGCGGAAGUGCUUAUUACGAUUUUUCGCCCUUUCCGGGGUGUAGAAUCGUUGUGCUAGACGGGUAUGACAUCAGUGCGGUUGGAUGGCCUCGAGACCAUCCUCAUACAGCGGCUGCGCUGAAAAUACUUGAAGAAAAGAACCCGAAUUCCGACAAGAACAGCCCGGAGGGGUUGGUAGGUCUGGAGAGAAGAUAUCUGAAGUUUAAUGGCGGUGUCGGCGAGAAACAGCUGCAAUGGCUAGACAAUGUGCUUCGGGACGCGACUAAAACGAACCAAAAGGUCGUUGUUUGCGGGCAUAUACCGAUGGAUCCCAGCGUAGCAUCCAAAGCCGCGAUGUUGUGGAACUACGACGAAGUGAUGGACAUUAUACACAAGUACGACUGCGUUAAGCUUUGUCUGUCUGGACACGACCAUAAAGGCGGCUGCUCUGUCGAUUCUCAUGGAGUUCACCAUAGAUCCCUGGAAGCUGCCCUGGAAUGUCCUCCGGGUACGUCUUCUUUCGGAUAUAUCGAUGUUUACGAGAAUAGAUUAUCUCUUGUUGGUACUGAUCGGAUGAAAAGCACUGAUUUCGAGACCUAAACCCUGCGAGUUCUGACGAAAACAGUAUUGAAUUGUUUCUAUACUGUGUGAUAAAUCCCGAAUAAGAACGAUCUAUACACAGUAUGUCUAUACGGAUUUAUAGACCGUGUACGCAUGUAUGCUGCUGUAUCUAUGUGAAGAGAUCAUCUUUGCGGUUUCGAUCUGAAUCUCGGAACUGGUUUCGGUGAAA